UUGUUGUGCCCUCCCAGCCUGGCUGUGGGGUGGGGUGGGACAGACAGGGUCACGUGGAGUAGCGUUCAGCCGGAGGAAGCCGGGCAGGGUGCAGACGGCUGCUGAUCCUGAGGCUGGUCAGGAAAUCAAGGAGAAUCUCUGCCAUGGACCCACCUUCACCAAGCCGGGCCUCCCAAACCCAGCCUGCAGCCCCAUCCCCUCUAACCUCCUACCGCUGGCACUCAGGGGGUGGUGGGGAGAAGGGGGCUGGAGGGUUCCGCUGGGGCCGCCUUGCAGCAUGGGGGAGGGCACAGAGCCACCAGGAGACCACGGCCAGCAGCCAGCCAGCCGCUCGCUCGCUGUUUCGUCGCGUCCUCUCCGCACCCGCCAAGGAGUCACGCACGAGCCGCCUGAAAAUAUCCAAGAGCCUCUGGGGGAAAAACAAGAGCCCACCGCUGGAUUCAGAACUGGAGCCAGAAAACCCAGAGCCUGAGCCGGAGCUAGAGCCCCUGACCGCACAGAUCCCAGAGGCUCCCACCCCCGAUGUGCCCGUCUGGAACAUCGAAGCCUUCACACUACUUGAUGGGAAGCUGGUGCUGCUUGGGAAUGAAGAGGAGGGUCCUCGCCAGACCAGGAUGGGGAGCUCUAUUUCCGAGAGCAACAUCCAAGUGGCUUUGGAGAAACUCAAGGAUGCAGAUCGGAUCCCUGGAAAGACAGAGCCAGAGUCUGCUGGCCCCCACCAGGUCCACAAUGUUCGGGGGCUGCUGAAGCGGUUGAAAGAGAAGAAAAAGGCCAAGUCAGAGCUAGGAGCCAGUGCUUCCCGAGAUGGGCCCCCCAGUGCUCUGGGCUCCCGGGAAUCGCUGGCCACGAUUUCCGAGCUGGACCUCGGAGCCGAGCGGGACGUGCGGGUCUGGCCACUGCACCCCAGCCUGCUGGAGGAGCCGCACUGCUUCCAGGUAACAUGGGUGGGCGGGAGUCGCUGUUUCUCCUGUCGCUCCGCUGCCGAGAGAGACCGCUGGAUCGAGGACCUUCGUCGCCACUUCCAGCCUAGUCAGGACAACGUGGAGCGGGAAGAGACGUGGCUGAGCGUGUGGGUGCACGAAGUGAAGGGGCUGCCCCGGGCGGCGGCGGCGGCUCCAGGAGUGCGCGCAGAGCUGUGGCUGGACGGGGCGCUGCUGGCGCGCACGACUCCGCGGGCCGGCCCGGGCCAGCUCUUCUGGGCAGAACGCUUCCACUUUGAGGCACUGCCGCCAGCGCGUCGCCUGUCCCUGCGACUACGCGGAGCGGGCCCCGGGGACACGGUGCUGGGCCGAGUGGCGUUGGCGUUGGAAGAGCUGGGCGUCCCCCGGGCGCCCGCCGCGGGUCUGGAGCGCUGGUUCCCGCUGCUCGGGGCGCCAGCCGGCGCGGCGCUGCGGGCACGAAUCCGGGCACGGCGCUUGCGAGUGCUGCCGUCGGAGCGCUACAAAGAGCUGGCAGAGUUCCUCACGUUCCACUACGCGCGCCUCUGCGAGGCUCUCGAAUUCGCGCUGUCCGCUCAAGCCAAGGAAGAGCUGGCCGCUGCCAUGGUGCGCGUGCUGCGGGCCACCGGCCGGGCUCAGGCCCUGGUGACGGACCUGGGCACCGCAGAGCUGGCACGCAGUGGAGGCCGUGAGGCACUGCUGUUUCGGGAAAACACAUUGGCCACCAAGGCCAUCGAUGAGUACAUGAAGCUGGUGGCACAGGAUUACCUCCAAGAGACGCUGGGACAGGUCGUGCGGCGUCUCUGUGCCUCCACCGAGGACUGUGAGGUAGACCCCAGUAAAUGCCCGGCCUCAGAUCUGCCCCAGCACCAGAGCAGACUGCGAAACAGCUGCAAGGAGGUCUUUGAGAACAUCAUCCACUCCUACAACUGGUUCCCAGCCGAGCUGGGCACUGUGUUCUCAGGCUGGCGAGAAGCAUGCAAGGCACGUGGCUCUGAGGCACUGGGGCCCCGACUGGUGUGUGCUUCUCUCUUCCUGCGGCUCCUGUGUCCUGCCAUUCUGUCACCCAGCCUCUUCGGCCUAGCACCAGAGCACCCGGCACCUGGCCCAGCCCGCACCCUCACACUGAUCGCCAAGGUCAUCCAGAACCUUGCCAACUGUGCUCCGUUUGGUGAGAAGGAAGCCUACAUGAGCUUCAUGAAUACCUUUCUGGAGGAUCAUGGACCUGCCAUGCAACAUUUCCUGGACCAAGUGGCCACGGUGGAUGCAGACACAGCACCCAGUGGUUAUCAGGGCAGCAGUGACCUGGCCCUCCAGCUGGCAGUCCUGCAUGCCCAGCUCUGUACCAUCUUUGCUGAACUUGACCAGGCCACCCGGGACAAUCUGGAACCGCUACCCACUAUUCUGCAUGCCAUUGAAGAGGGCCGACCUGUACCUGUGACUGUGCCAAUGUGUCUCCCAGCACCCCGCACCCAGGGCCAUUCCAGCAUCUCUGCAGGGGAGAAGCCUGGCUUUCUGGCCCCCCGCGACCUCCCCAAGCACACCCCUCUCAUCUCCAAGAGUCAGUCCCUGCGCAGCGUUCACGGCGCAGGUAGUUGGGCCCGGCCGCGGCUGGAGGAGGAACAGCCCCCGCGACUGCCUCGGCCGGUACAGCGCACGCAGAGUGUCCCGGCUGGCCGCCCCGCUCGCCGCCGCCCGUCUGCCGGACCGCGGCCGCGACCCAAAGGCUCCCUCCACGCGGGAUCCGCGCCCCGCGGCCGGCCCUGGACUGGAGCCUCAGCAUCGCUGCCUCGGAAGCCGUCGGUGCCCUGGCAGCGCCAGAUGGACCAACCAAGAGACAAAGACCAGGCGCUGGGCACCCACCGACCCGUGGGCAAGCUGGCGGAGCUUCAGUGCGAGGUGGCUGCCCUGCGUCAGGAUCUGAAGGCGCUGUCCGGCCUCGUGGAGUCACUCAGCACCCACAUCCGGUCCUUGAGCGAGCAGCAGGAGCAGCUUCGGACCCAGCUUCAGCUCCUGGAUUCCAGGCUCCAAAGAGGGACUGCGAAGUUGGAUCCAGGGCGCGAUCCUCCAACCAAUGAGGGCCACAGGCUGAAAAGUCUGGAGUGCCGACUGGCUGAGAUAGAGAGUACUCAGGCCCAGCUGAAGGAUACCAUCCAGAACCUGCAGCUUCUUCCCAGGACAUCGGAGUCCCAGAGCCAGCCCCUGCCCCUCAAAUCUCCCUGCAUCAACGGAGACACCACUUGAGUUGCCCACUCGGCCCAACGUGCAUUGGGAGCAGAGAGAAAGCCGUCUAAGGGGCCUGUCCACCCCCUGCCUCAAACCCACGUGGCCUACAGUAGGGAGUGGAGCUGUCGGUGCCAAACAGUUUGGCACUAUCAGCUUACCCAGUAAAAUCUUGAUUUCAGUAAAAAUCGAUGGUUUUUUUGCCCCUGAGUUUUGCCAAUCAGGAAGCAAACUCCUUCCCCUCAA